AUGUUGGGACUUACACGAUCAAAGAAUCAUUCGCCCUCGGACGACUCCUUCCCCACGGGCCAAUUCCUUGUUCUCGCAAUAUGUCGUCUCGCCGAGCCUGUUGCCGUCACCUCAAUCUUCCCUUAUGCCUGGCUUAUGGUCAAGCAGUUCGGCAUGGCUGACCCAUCGUUCUGGGCAGGCGUCCUCAUUGCCUCCUUCUCCCUCACCGAAGCUCUGUGCUCUUUGCUAUGGGGAGGACUAUCGGAUCGUGUCGGAAGAAGGCCAGUUCUUCUCUUUGGCUGCUUUGGAACAAUGAUUUCUCUUUUGAUCGUUGGUUUCUCCACAAACUUCACCAUGGCUCUAGCGGGAAGAAUCCUCGGAGGUGCGCUUAACGGGAACAUUGGCGUCAUACAAACCAUGGUCGGUGAACUCACAACCAAGCCAGAAUGGGAGCCCAAGGCGUAUUCAGUCAUGCCGUUCGUUUGGGCCAUUGGUACAAUUAUUGGACCUGCUAUUGGGGGGCUUUUCGCCGAUCCUGCGGUUUCGUACCCAGAUGCCUUUUCUAAACAAGGGCUUUUUGGUCAAUUUCCUUGGCUUCUCCCGAACCUCAUCUGCGCUUCGCUCAUGCUCGUUAGCAUCAUCAAUGGCUACUUGUAUCUGAGAGAGACCCACCCCGAUCUCGUUGGUGGCCGCAGCUCCAGCGCCCACCAGGACCUUCCCGAACAAACUCGCAUGAUCACUGCCGCAGGUGCCACUGCUGACAAUGCCGUUGAUCUGAGGCAAGAGUCGUACGGGACGUUCAAUGAGAUUGACGUUCAAAAGAAUGAUCAAUGGCAGCUCAACGCCGAUGGGACCUCGCGCGACCCCUCUAUAAGCGAGAAGAGCUCUCCGAAAUGGCUGACUAAGAAAGUCGUGAUGCUGACGCUGGCCCUCUCGAUCUACACGUAUCAUUCGAUGUGCUAUGAUCAUCUCCUCCCCAUCUUCUACCAGGACAAGGCCGUCAACCAAAUCUCCAUCGCGGCUAGCGGCCUGGUGGACAUCCCAGGCGGCCUCGGGCUAUCCACCAAAGAUGUGGGAGUGAUCAUGUCUGUGAACGGGGUUAUCGCUUUGUUCAUACAAGCUGUCAUUUUCCCCUUCACCGCCGAGCGUCUCGGCAUAUGGCGAGUGUUUGUUCUUGUCACUAUCUUGCAUCCAGUGGCGUUUUUCAUCGUUCCAUACCUAGCGCUGUUGCCCUCAAACUUGCUCUACCCGGGCAUUUAUGCCUGCCUGACGAUCCGAAACUUCCUCUCGAUUCUCGACUACCCGGUGAUUUUGAUCUUACUGAAGCAGGCGAGUCCGUCUCCUGCCUAUCUGGGACGCAUCAACGGACUGGCCGCAUCGGCUGGUGCGGCGUGCAGAACGGUGGCACCGCCUGUUGCGGGUAUUUUGUAUGAAUGGGGUUCCAGUAUUGGCUUUACGGGUCUGGCGUGGUGGGUUGCCGGGUUUGUUGCCAUCAUUGGCGUUUUCCAGCUGUGGUUUGUUCCCCGGGAGAAGAACGACUCGACUGUGGUCAAGUCAGUUGUUCCUUGUUUGGAGAAUUCCGGCGCGGAAAGGGUAUCCGAUGUGGUUGAUGUUACUGUGGUUUCCGACGAAGAAUAUGCCUAG